CAGAUUCCGACACUGCAAUUAGCCGGCAAAUGACCCGAACGUCGGUGGUUACGCCGCUCAACUUGGAGAGCAGUUGCCGACAGCCCCACCAUAAGAGAGGACAUCGGAAUAUCGGAAAUGUAACCGGAACGACGAGGGGAAGUUGCAUCAUCGCCCAUAUCACAUUGCUCUCUUCCUUCACUCUUCUCACCUCCAUUCUGCCACCUUGGAACAAACCUCAUCUUGGAAUAUCUCCAGACCAACACAAUCAUGGCACCAGAUCUAUCCCAGAACAAGGCCGUCAAGCUCGUCGCCCACGCCGCCGCAAACAAAUACGCAAUCUGCGCAACAUGCUGCUACAACGUCGAAGGCAUCCUCGCAUCUGUCCGCGCAGCAGAAGCCAAACGCGCCCCUCUAAUCAUCCAGCUUUUUCCCUGGGCAAUCACAUACGCCGAUGGCAUACUGCUCCAUGCUGCGCGCGAAGCCGCUGACAACGCCAGCGUGCCUGUAGCUCUUCAUAUGGACCACGCCCAAACCCCAGAGAUUGUGAAGAAAGCCGCAAACUUCGACAAAGGUUUCGACGGCAUCAUGGUCGACAUGAGUCAUUUUGACGAUAACCUUGAGAAGACUGCAGAGCUGGUCAGGUAUUGUAACGAGAGGGGAAUCAUCACAGAAGCAGAACCGGGAAGAAUUGACGGAGGAGAGGACGGUGUGGGAGAUUUGAGUGAGAUGGGUCUCGAGGCUAUUCUCACCACUCCGGAGCAAGCUGAGGAAUUCGUCGCAACGGGGAUUAAUUGGCUAGCCCCUGCUUUCGGAAACGUACAUGGGAAAUACGGGCCCAAAGGUCCUCAACUGGAUUAUCCGCGGUUGCGCAAUGUGCAUGCCAAGGUGGGGGAUCGAGUCGCAUUGGUAUUGCAUGGAGCAGGCAAGGAAUGGUUCCAGGAGAAGCUACUCAAGGAGUGCAUCGAGUGUGGUGUUGCCAAGGUGAACAUCAACGAUGCGUUCAAUAAUGAUUUUAUCGAUGUCAUGAAGGAGCAGGCUGGUCUUACGCCUCUGACGGGGUUGAUUGAGAAGGCGACAGAUGCUAUGCAGAAGAGUAUUGAGAAUUAUAUCGAGUGGAUGGGUGGACAAGGCAUGGCGGACAAGAUUCAGCUGUGAAAGCAGAACUUGUGCAUGGGGCUGGGGAUAUGUAACAUCAGUCAAGGCAUCGCUUCAAGUUGCUUGUAAUAGAUUCUUAGCAUAUCGAGUUGCGGUGUACAGGACAAUUAUGCGGCAAGCUGUUUGUUACGGCCGAAUACUAACGGUUUUGCGACGGCCCGAAUGGCUUCAUGGCUAGUCUUGCGAACAUACCUCAGUAGUAUACAGAUUUUGGUCAUCGUACAACGAUUACUGAUCGAAGUAGUUUACCCCUGGGUCCAAGCGCUUCGGCUUGUUGAGCUAGCUGC